AUGGUGAGGAGGGUUAAUGCGACCUGUGGUGGUGAUGGUGGUGAGAUAGCUUGGGGAAGCUUGAAUUUAGGCGGGGUAAAGUGGCAGAAAGAGGUGCCCCACAUUGAUCUUUGCCAAGAUCGACGCCGUUGGCAAGGGUGGGUUCACCUUGAUCUUGACCACUUUGAGGUCAACGGUUGGAGAUCCAUUGGAUUUUGUGCUUAG